AUGAAUACCUGUUUGCUUGGGUUGGUCAUAAUUCUUCAUUUCUUAGGGUCUUCGCGAGGUGUAAAUCCGGAGGCAUUGGCUCCUCUUAAGUGCAAACUGGGUUGGAAACUGUGCAACGACGGAACAGAAUGCGUUUCCUAUAACCAUGUGUGUGAUGGAGAGACUGACUGCAGGGACGGUUCUGAUGAAGAAGACUGUGCUGUUGGCUGCAACACAGACCAGUUCCAGUGCGCCCAUGGGAAAAAGUGCAUAGACCUGAGUGAGGUGUGUGACGGAGAAGCCCAGUGUCAGGACCGCUCUGAUGAGGCGGAUUGUGUGGCACGCAUGGAGGGCUGCUCCCACCACUGUGACAACAAGACCCUCUGCCUCCCAGUCACCUUUCUCUGUGACGGGCAGAGAGACUGUCAGGAUGGUACAGACGAGGCCAACUGUGGUGUAAAUCCGGAGGCAUUGGCUCCUCUUAAGUGCAAACUGGGUUGGAAACUGUGCAACGACGGAACAGAAUGCGUUUCCUAUAACCAUGUGUGUGAUGGAGAGACUGACUGCAGGGACGGUUCUGAUGAAGAAGACUGUGCUGUUGGAUGCAACACAGACCAGUUCCAGUGCACCCAUGGGAAAAAGUGCAUAGACCUGAGUGAGGUGUGUGACGGGCAGAGAGACUGUCAGGAUGGUACAGACGAGCUCAACUGUGACUCAGAUGACCGGGUCCCAACUUCAACACCUGCACCCGUCAAUUGUCGCCUGGGAUCAAAGUUCUGCGACGACAAGACUGAGUGUGUUCUCUACAACCACGUGUGCGAUGGAGAGGCUGACUGCACAGAUGGCUCGGACGAAAAAGGGUGUCCCUUAACAUGUGGAAAUGGAGAGUUCCAGUGCGCCCAUGGGAAGAAGUGCAUUGACCACCGUCAGCUGUGUGACGGCGUGGCCCAGUGUCAGGACCGCUCUGAUGAGGCCGAUUGUGUGGCACGCAUUGAGGGCUGCUCCCACCACUGUGACAACAAGACCCUCUGCCUCCCAGUCACCUUUCUCUGUGAUGGGGAGAGAGACUGUCUGGAUGGUACAGACGAAGCCAACUGUGCUGACCUGAGGUGCAAUGGUGGCGAGUUCCGAUGCACCAGUGGUCAGUGUGUGUCCAUAGGCAUGCACUGUGACGGCCACCCCGAUUGCAAGGACCGCUCUGACGAGGAGAGCUGUGCCGAGAUGCCAGAAUGCCCCACCUCACCUCUGUGUCCCCACAGCAAGGAGUGCCUGAUGGAGGAAUGGCUCUGUGACGGCUACAAGGACUGCAAAGAUGGCACGGAUGAGAAGGAUUGUGAGUUGGUCAUGAUGGAGUGUGGAGAAUUCCAGUGGUCCUGUACCUCCAGGACCCAAUGUGUCCCCAAACUCUGGAGGUGUGACGGGGCAAAAGACUGUGAAGACGGAAGUGAUGAAACGGGAUGUGGUGUUCCACCUUGCCUCCCUCACCAGUUUCAGUGUGGUAGCAUGGAGUGUUUGGAUGUUGCCCUGGUGUGUAAUGGGAUGACCAACUGUGCGGAUGGCUCUGACGAGGGAGGUGAUUGUCAAACCAAGUGUCCCUUGGCCCACUGUGCCCAGGACUGCCACAGCACACCACAAGGAACGCGGUGCUGGUGUCAAUCAGGCUACAAGCUCCAGGAAGAUGGUGUGUCCUGUGUUGACACUGACGAAUGUGAAGACAGACACCCAGGUGUUUGUAACCAGCUGUGCACCAACACAGAGGGCUCCUACAAGUGUCGGUGUAGCACUGGCUACAUCCUGGAGGCUGAUGGCCGCAGCUGCAAGAUCAUAGGCGAGCCCUUCCUGCUGGCGUCGGUUAAAACGGAGCUGUUCCUUUUCGGCCUGCUCGGCAGCAGUCUGGACGUCCUCCUGUCCUCGGCCAAGAAGGCCAUCCUCUCUGUGGACUACGACUGGAAGGAGCAGAAGGUGUUCUGGGUCAGCCUGGACUCUGAGAGCAUCAGGUGGUCCUCGCUGGACCAGAAGAGCAAAGGCACGCUCAUCAACGGUGUUAAAUCUGACUGCAUUGCUGUUGACUGGAUCGCGAGAAACUUGUACUGGAUUGACGGUGUUGGGAAUCAGAUCAUUGCCAUCAGAUUAACCACAGCCGUCACUAACGCCCUGGACUACAGUGUGAUCCUCGAUGAGGACUUUGAGCAGCCUCGCUCACUGGCUCUGCUGCCACAGAAGGGAAUUAUGUUCUGGUCGGAGAUUGGAAACGACCCAAAGAUUGAGCGGGCGGGGAUGGACGGCUCUGAGAGGAGGGUGGUGGUCGACCGCAACCUCAGCUGGCCAGGGGGCGUGGCCGUGGACACCCUGGGGGAGAGGGUCUAUUGGACAGAUGAGAGACUCAAAUGCAUCGGAUCGGCGACUCUAGAGGGAGAGGACAUCAGGAUACUGCAGAUGAAGGAGACCUCCAACCCCUUCUCUCUCACUGUGUUCAACGACAUGCUUUACUGGUCUGACGCCAAGAGGAGAACCAUUCAGGGAACCCAGAAGAUCACCGGAAAGGGUCAUCAAGUUCUCUUCAAACGGCCAGGGCAGCCUUUUGGAUUAAAAGUCAUCCAUCCGCUGCUGCAGGCAGCGACAGAGAGCCCCUGUGAGAAGCUGCGCUGCUCCCACCUGUGUGUGCUGGCCCCGGGGCCCAAGGCCGUCUGCAAGUGUCCCUCCGGCCUGCUGCUGGCCGAGGACGGCCUCACCUGCUCCAACCUGGUCACCUCUUCCUUCCUCCUGCUGCUGUCUCGCUCGACCGUCACCCAGAUUCACCUGCAGGCCAUGCACAGUGCCGUCAGCCUGAAGGGCUGGCCCGAGCACCUGGCCCUCCUGCUGCCCAGCAUGAACGAGGCGGCCACGCUGGACUACUCUCUACGGGAGCAAACCCUCUACCUGGCGGACGCCGGCCAGGCCUCGGUGGGGCUCUUCAAGCUGAAGGAGACGGGCCUGGUGCCCCGGGGGCAGCUGCUCCGCCUCCUGGGGGACGCGGUGACGAGUAUGGCUCUGGACUGGGUCACUCUCUCCCUCUACUGGAGCAGCAUCAAGCAGCCCAGGCUGCAGGUGACUUCGGCCAGCGGCGCGCACACCGCUGUCCUAAUCCGAGACGCCGUAGGGAGCUUGGAGUCCAUCGCCCUGCACCCACUCAGGGGGAGGGUUUGUUUUAUCAACCUGGUCAGGCAGGAGGGGGGCGGCGCUCAGCCACGGGUGGAGUGUUCCCACAUGGACGGGUCCAGGAGACGCCUGGUGUGGGACGGCGCGGUGCGGCCCACCGCGUUGGUCUUUUCCAACAGCGGGAGUGAAAUCUACUGGGCUGAUAUCAGUUCUAGGGUCAUUGCCUCGGUCAGGGUGGAUGGUUCAGGAUUCAAGGCGUUCCAGACUGGAGAUGGUCUGACUGCAUUUGCCCUCAGUGAUGAAAUGCUGCUCUGGAUGACAGUCAAUGAUACAGCCAAAUUGUGGUACAGGAAUAAACAGCAGGAGCAGAUGCUGUGGUUUGAGGUCAACACUGGGCUUGUGAGUAUGAGGGCCUACAGCGAGUCCAGCCAGACAGGCUCUAACCUCUGUUCUGUUGACAAUGGGGACUGCCAUCACCUGUGUCUGGCUGCCCCUGGCGGGCGAACGUGCAUGUGCGCCCAUGACCACCUAUCUGUAAACGGUACGCGCUGUGUCCCAGACCAGCUCUGCCUGGCCGGCAGCAGGUCGUGUCUGGAUGGGAGCACAUGCCUACCCCUGCAGAAGUUUUGCGACAGCCAUGUGGAUUGUUCCGACCACUCUGAUGAGAACUGCGUUCACCUCAAAACUGAACGGGUAACCAAGACCACACCCCAGCAAGAUCCCAGUCCUACCCUUCCCUCUACCUCUGGUUCCUCGAACACCAUUACCGAGCAAGAUCCCAGUCCUACCCUUCCCUCUACCUCUGGUUCCUCGAACACCAUUACCGAGCAGGAUCGCCGGGACGACCAGGAUCGCCGGGACGACCAGGAUCCCAUGGACGACCAGGAUCGCCGGAACGACCAGGAUCUGGUGAGAAACCUGGAUGCCCAGCAGUGCGACGCGAGCAAGUGCAGCGGAAACAGAGUGUGUGGGGAGGGCGACGAGGCCGGCAGCUGCGUGUGUAGCCUGGGCUACAGCGGAGAAUCCUGUCAGAACCGCCCCUUUCAGGGCCCUCUCUUGUACGGCGCUGUAGCGGCGGGCACAGGGCUGGUUGCACUUGCAGUCCUCGCUUUCAUCAUCAAAAGACGCAAGGACUCCAGGAGGGCCAGUCCAGUAGUGAAGGACACUAGUUUGACUGACCUGGAGAAACCUGUGGAGACCGCUGUGGAGACCGCUGUGGAGACCCCUGUGGAGACCCUUGUGGAGACCCUCCCCUCUCAAGCUCAACCCAAUGAGACCAACUUCAUAGAAGAAGUGGGGGCCUCCAUGGACUAA